AUGCACCAAGAGUAUAAUAUUAUGCCAUCUUGCUUAUCUAUCUAUCUAUCUAUCUAUCUAUCUAUCUAUCUAUCUCUGUUUCAAUCUAUCUCAUUCUGUUCGAAUCUAUCUAUCUAUCUAUCUAUCAGUAUGUUCGAAUCUAUCUCUCUAUCUAUCUAUCUCUGUUUCAAUCUAUCUCAUUCUGUUCGAUUUUAUCUAUCUAUCUAUCUAUCUAUCUAUCUAUCUAUCUAUCUAUCUAUCUAUCUGUUUCAAUCUAUCUCAUUCUGUUCGAUUCUAUCUAUUUAUCUAUCUCAUUAUGUUCGUAUCUAUCUAUUUUAUAAAAUACAUUUAAAAUUUAUAUUCUAUCUAUCUAUCUAUCUAUCUAUCUAUCUAUCUAUCUAUCUAUCUAUUCAUAUCUAUCUUAUUCUAAGUAUGCAUCUAUCUAUCUAUCUAUCUAUCUAUCUAUCUAUCUAUCUAUCUAUCUUAUUACAUAUUAAAGCUAUAAAGUUCAUUUUGCAACGGAUAUGCCAUACAUAUUAUUUAAUGACUUUUCCCACCUUGUCAUAUCUAUCUAUCUAUCUAUCUAUCUUAGAUAUACUGGCAUCAGUAACUACUCUCCUAUCUAUCUAUCUAUCUAUCUAUCUAUCUAUCUAUCAUCUAUUCAUUAUUAUUGUUCAUUAUCUAUUCUCAUUAUCUAUCUAUCUAUCUAUCUAUCAUAUCUAUCUAUCUAUCUAUCUAUCUCUAUCUAUCUAUCUAUCUAUCUAUCUAUCUAUCUAUCUAUCUAUCUACACGAGAAAAACGUAUAAAUAUAAAAAAUGUCUUUGUCCAUUAUAUCUAUCUAUCUAUCUAUCUAUCUAUCUAUCUAUCUAUCUAUCUAUAUGA